AGAAAAAUUAUUUCAAAUGGUAAAACGGUUGAAAAUAUUUCCAAGAUAUAACAAAAUUUUAGAAUUAUCAAUGAUAGACAUUGAUAGACUUCUAUCGAUGUCUAUCAAUGUUAUUAAUAGACAUUGCAGUCUAUUAGUAACAAUAAUUAGUAUCUCUCAAUAGUUCUAAAAUUUUGUUAUAUUUUAUAAAUAUUUUGAUUUAUUUUUUUAUAUUUGAUAACAACCCUAUUUAAUAUCUAUUAAUCUAAUUACUAAUAUUAGAUUAGUUUUAUUCUAUUAUCCAUCUGAGCUUUUGAGGGAGUGGAGGAAUCUUAUUUAGUCGUUGGUUUCGUUUCUUCGACAAAACCCAAAUCAGAGAACCAAAAGCCACCGCCGUCUCUUUCCUCAGCACCUUCACUGCACAUGGCUUCCCCACACUUUCUUCUCUUCCCAUUCAUGGCACAAGGCCAUGUCAUCCCCAUGAUUGACCUCGCCAAGCUUCUAGCCCACCGUGGCGCUAUUGUCACCAUCGUCGUCACGCCCAGUAAUGCUGCUCGUAAGCACUCUGUUCUUGCUCGCGCCAUUGAUUCCGGCUUACAGAUCCGUAUGCUCCAACUUGAGUUCCCAUGGAAAGAAGGCGGUCUCCCGGAAGGGUGUGAUAAUUUCGACUUGCUACCUUCAUUGGGUUCCGCUUCAAAAUUCUUCAGAGCCACAUUUCUCCUUUACCAACCUUCGGAAAAUCUCUUCCACCAACUCAAACCUCGCCCCACCUGCAUAAUCUCCGAUAUGAAUCUUCCUUGGACUUUCCAGCUUUCUCAGAAAUUUCAAAUCCCCAGGCUCGUUUACUAUACUUUCAGCUGCUUCUUUCUCCUCUGUUUGCAGUGUUUAAUAACCAACCCUGCUCUUACCAACUCUGCCUCUGACCCUGUAAUUUUCUCUGACUUACCUGAUUCUGUCGAGUUUCGCAAAUCAGAGUUACCCAAAGCCACCGAUGAAGACUUGACAAAAUUUACAUUUGAAAUGCUCCAGGCCGAUGUACAAUCAUACGGCGUCGUUUUCAACACAUUUGAGGAGGUGGAACAUAAGUAUAUAACAGAGUAUAGAAAAACCAGAGAAAAAUCGCCGGAAAAAGUGUGGAGUGUCGGCCCUGUUUCGCUUUGCAACGAUGACAAACACGAUUUAGCCGAAAGAGGUAACAAAUCCUCAAUCAAUCAACACGAAUGCAUCAAAUGGCUUGAUGGGCAGCAACCAUUUUCCGUGGUCUACGUUUCUUUAGGAAGUCUCUGUAAUUUGGGAACAGUCCAACUCAUAGAGCUGGGAUUGGGAUUGGAGGCAUCGAACAAACCAUUCAUUUGGUCGAUAAGAAAAGCAAAUCUCACCAAAGAGCUACUGAAAUGGUUAGAGGAGUACGAUUUGGAAGGGAAAACCAAGGGCAGAGGCUUGGUGAUUCGUGGAUGGGCUCCGCAAGUUCUGAUACUAACCCACUCUGCAAUUGGGUGUUUUUUGACGCAUUGCGGCUGGAAUUCGAGCAUGGAAGGAAUUUCUGCGGGGGUGCCAAUGAUUACUUGGCCGCUUUUUGGGGAUCAAGUGUUCAAUCAUAAGCUAAUGGUAGAUGUUUUGAAGGUGGGUGUGAGUGUGGGGAAGGAGACACUUGUUCAUUGGGGAGAGGAGGAUGAGAAAAAGGUGUUGGUGAAGAGAGAAGAAGUGAGAGAAGCCAUAGAAAUGGUGUUGGAAGGAGAUGAGAGAGAAGAGAUGAGAGAGAGAAGCAAGAAGCUUGCGGAAAUGGCGAAGAGAGCUGUUGAAGAAGGGGGCUCGUCUCAUCGGAAUAUUACGCUGGUGAUUGAAGAUAUUAUUGCUCGCGUAAGCUCCGAGAAUGGAAGAUGUUGAUGAUUUGAUUUAUGCUCAAACUGGCAAUUCUGUUUUGAUUAUGACUUUUCGUUUUUGCCAAGCUAGAAUUCAUUGUUCACAUCUUCCAUUCUUGCAGAUUUAUUAUCGUUUGGACCAUUCCCGAUUUACAUUCUCAAUAAAAUAUCAUUUUAGAGCUAAAUUUUCAGUUUU